CCGCCGCAGCCCAGGCGCCCCGGCCCCGCUCGCCCGGCCUCCCGCCCCGAGCCCCGCGCUGCCGCCACCAUGGGGAGCCUGCCCGAGCCCGGCACGCGCCAGGGCGACGGCGCCCCUGCGGGCCGGGCCGGCCGCUGUCCCCGCUCUGUCUUCAGCAACAUUAAGGUGUUCGUGCUGUGUCAUGGCCUCCUGCAGCUCUGCCAGCUCCUGUACAGCGCCUACUUCAAGAGCAGCCUCACCACCAUCGAGAAGCGCUUUGGCCUCUCCAGUUCUUCCUCAGGUCUCAUUUCCAGCUUGAAUGAGAUCAGCAAUGCCAUCCUCAUCAUCUUUGUCAGCUACUUUGGCAGCCGGGUGCACCGUCCACGGCUGAUUGGCAUUGGGGGUCUCCUCCUGGCUUUGGGUGCCUUCGUCCUCACCCUGCCACACUUCCUCUCAGAGCCUUACCAAUACACCAUGACCAGCGUGGGGAACGGCAGCCACCUCCAGACCGAGCUCUGUCAGAAACACGGGCAGGGCCUGCGCCCCAGCAAGUGCCACAGCAGCCCCCAGGACGCCCGCAAGGAGACCAGCAGCAUGUGGGGUCUGAUGGUGGUGGCCCAGCUGCUGGCGGGCAUCGGCACGGUGCCCAUCCAGCCGUUCGGGAUCUCCUACGUGGACGACUUCUCGGAGCCCAACAACUCGCCCCUGUACAUCUCCAUCUUAUUUGCCAUCGCUGUAUUUGGACCGGCUUUUGGGUACCUGCUGGGCUCGGUCAUGCUGCAGAUCUUUGUGGACUACGGCAGGGUGGAUACAGCUACAGUUAACUUGAGCCCCAGAGACCCCCGAUGGAUAGGAGCCUGGUGGCUGGGCCUGCUCAUUUCCUCAGCCUGCCUGGUUGUCACCUCUUUCCCCUUUUUUUUCUUUCCUCGAGCAAUGCCCAGAGGAAUGGAGAGGACUCCUGCCAUAGCGGACGAGGCAAGGAAGGUGGAAGAGGCCAAGUCAAGAGGCUCCCUGGUGGAUUUCAUUAAACGCUUCCCCCGCAUCUUCCUGAGGCUCCUGAUAAACCCGCUCUUCAUGCUGGUGGUCCUGGCCCAGUGCACCUUCUCCUCCGUCAUUGCCGGCCUCUCCACCUUCCUCAACAAGUUCCUGGAGAAGCAGUAUGGCGCCUCCGCAGCCUAUGCCAACUUCCUCAUCGGUGCGGUGAACCUCCCCGCUGCUGCCUUGGGGAUGCUGUUUGGAGGAAUCCUCAUGAAGCGUUUUGUUUUCUCUCUGCAAACCAUUCCCCGCGUGGCCGCCACCAUCAUCACCAUCUCCAUGGUCCUCUGUGCUCCUCUCUUCUUCAUGGGCUGCUCUACCCCGGCCGUGGCGGAGGUCUACCCCCCCAGCACAUCCAGUUCUAUACAUCCACAGCCUCCAGCCUGCCGCAAGCACUGCUCGUGCCCAGACUCCGUCUUCCACCCGGUCUGUGGAGACGACGGCGUGGAGUACCUGUCCCCUUGCCAUGCCGGCUGCAGUGAAAUCAAUGUCAGCUCUAUAGCCUCCAAGCAACCGACCUACUUGAACUGCAGCUGCGUGAAAGGUGGAUCUGCUUCGGCAAAGACGGGCCCGUGCCCCAUCCCCUGCGCCCACUUCCUGCUCCCGACCACCUUCCUCAUCUCCUUCGUGGCGCUCAUCGCCUGCACCUCCCACAACCCCCUCUACAUGAUGGUCCUGCGUGUGGUGAACCAGGAGGAAAAGUCAUUUGCCAUCGGAGUACAGUUCUUGCUGAUGCGUCUGCUGGCCUGGCUGCCGUCCCCAGCCCUCUAUGGCCUCACCAUCGACUACUCCUGCAUCCGGUGGGGCGCGCAGUGCUCAGGGAGGCGAGGGGCCUGCGCCUACUACGACAACGAUGCUCUCCGAGACAGGUACCUGGGCCUGCAGGUGGGCUACAAGGCUCUGGGCGCCGUGCUGCUCACCUUCAUCAGCUGGCGGGUGAAGAAGAACAAGGAGUACAACGUGCAGGAGAAGGCCGCCGGCCUCAUCUGACCCGCGGCUCGGCGGCCACGCGGCUCCGGAGCGCAGACCCUGCCCCCGCACCUGCCCAUGUUUACUAAUGUUAACACAGCACCUCCUUUUGUUUCUUAAAUAAGAAAGAAAACCCAUCACCAUUUGCCUUCCCUGUCCCCUCCUGCCAGAGCCCCCCGGAGUCCCGUGGGGCCACCGUGCCCGUGGGCCAGGUGGGCAGAGAGCUGGAGGGCUGGGUCUUCCCUGGCCCCUCAGGAGGGGCCCCCACAGGCCCAGGCUCAUCCUGUGCGAUAGGGAUGCUUCCUUGAGGCAGCCCUUGCCCCCCGCCAGCCCUGCGGUGAGUGGUUUCCUAGGUAGGGAGACCCCUGGGUAUCUGCCCAGAGGAAGAAGGGAGAGGGCUGGGUUAUUACGUGCCAGAACCAAGCUAGGGGAGUGGGAGGCUGGCUGCAGCCCCCUUGGUGUCUUGGUUCAGCAGCAGCACAGAACCCAGAAGGGGCCAGCUCCCUUCCCCUGAUCCUUGCUUCCUGCCCUGAGGGGUCACUUUGGAAGCUGCCACGUUGGGAAGUACAGCCAGCUGCUGCCCUCUCGGCGACCCACGCUCAGGCCCCAGAGCUGGGACGGACACCCCGAGCCAUCCAGACGCUGUUCACGUUAACUCUAGGCCCUUCCCUACGUGGGUCUGCGAAUGUUUAUCUGUGUCUUUCCGGGGGUACAUCUCGAACUAAGAAAGCCACACUGUGGUGAAGGCCGGCCAGCUUGGAUGGCCAUGAAGCCCAGUCCCCACCCCACAGUGUGAGGAUAGGACUCCACAUCUCAGGGUGAUGGGAAGAGCCACCCCCAGGCCUCCUCAGACGCAGGUGAGGUGGCUUCACACAGGCUUCCCCGUCUGGACGUCAGCCUGUGUGUCACGGAGUAAAGAGAGGCUCUCGGGGAUGUCAGCAAAACAGGUGACGAAGCCCAGGGAAUGUCAAAAGCCACCAAGCUGCAUGGCCACCUGUGGCCCACAAAGCAGAGGCCCGAGAGGUUGACUUUCCUGGUCUUGAGCGAGCCCAUCAACAUCUUCUCAGCCUCUUCUCACUGCCUCCAGAGAGGUGGGUGCCUUCCCCGGGCUUGGGCUGAGAGGUGCUGCGGCUGGGGGUGCAGGUUCAGAGUCAGAAGGCAACAAAAGAGGCCUUUCAUCCGCAAGUAUUUUAUUUAUUGGAGACUGACUUUGUGCAAGGCAGCGCUGGGGCAUGGUUCUCCCCGGAGCUUCCCCGCCCUCCGUCUACACUAAUGCCUCCUCCCAGAGUGGGCUCGCUGGGCAGGGCCAGGGACGCACAGCAAGAACCUGGAGAUUGUCGAUAAGACCUUGACCUUCCAUGCCCCACGGGACUGAGCCACUCCUGGCCUUCACCAGACGGGGAGCUGACUAGCCGCGUCGUCUGGAGCAGCUGGCCAUUGGUGAUGCAGAUCUCUUGCAUCUCUUGCAUGCAGACCCCUUGAGUGCCACUGCUCUUGGAAGACCCUUCCAGAAGCCACCUCCAGAAAGGCCUCAUGUGGUGGAAUGUCAAUGGCCACACGGCUAUGGGACCGAGGUCUUUGUGAAAGCCACUAUCACAGCCUGAUUCCAAAGCCACCAGCUCUGUCUCCACAGAUCUCACUCAGGAAGGGAGGCUCCGUGCAACCUCAGGGGCGAGUUUCAGCCUUUAAAUGAUCCUGCUUGGAAAAUGAUUCCCUGCAACUAACCCUGGUCCUUCUCGCUGCAAUGUAACCUAAUUCUGAAGGCAUUACCUUCAGCUGAGCUCGUGAACAAUGAAUGCCAACCUUCAGAUUCUGGAAGAUGGUUGCCCUCCCAAGCCGUUAUUCUAUUAUGAUAUUGCUAUUAAUAUAUUAUAGUUUUGCUAUU